AUGUUCGCCCCACAGCACCGUAGCUUGCAGCCCUCAGCACCAGGGCAGGCGCUGCCUGGCGCACCUCGUGGCUUCUCGCUCUCCGCUCGCCUCGAUGAGCACCUCGACCUCAUACGGCAGGACUACGAGAUUAUGGCAACAGAGUUGACCGACGCGAGAGCGCAGAAGGAGGAACUGGAAACAAAGGUUGUUGCUCAAAUAAAUGAGAUUGCCCUCAUCACGAAUACCUUGCACGAACUGAACAGCAAGCAUGCUCGGUUGCGACAGACGUAUGAGCAAGAAGUGACAGCUUUGCGCGCCCAGUUGCACGAAGCGCAGAGGCAGGUCGCCCUCGCCGCGAAUGCACAUCACUCCGUCUCCGCGCCACCGCCCGGCCCGGGUGGUCUACCACCUGGUGUUCCGUCACAACACGACGCGUACUAUGCACGGGAACGCGACCGCGAGAUAAAGGACCGCGACCGCGACCGUAUGAUGGUUGAGCGUGAGCGUGACAGGGAGUUGGCCGAGCGGGAGAGGAGUGCACGAAAGGAGCAUGAGCGUGAGCGCGAGAUGCGGCUGAGGGAAAGGGAUGCGCGAGAAGCGCGGGAGGCUAAGCGAACAAAGGUUGAGCAGAAGAUGGAGCGCCCCGAGCACUUCAGCAGCCCCGCCAUAGGCCCCGGCGUACCGGUAUCGAUGCCUGCUAAGCUUCCUGCUCCUGGGCCGUCAACGCCUCAAGGGCAAUUACCGCCCCAGCUGGCCUCGGAGCGUGGCACGCCACGAGGUCCUCCUGGAGCAGCGCCCUUGCCCAGUGCACCGCCCCCAGCAGCUCUCCCACCCCCACCAGGAAUGGAAGCAGGUCCUAACGCCGCUGCCCCUCCUCCACCGGUAUCAUCAGGACCGAGCUUCUUGGACGACUUGGACCCUGCAACCCUUCCACCAGAGUUGAAGAAGGACGGCAGCGACUGGUGGGCGGUAUUUAACCCGAAUACCAAGCGCGUGCUGGACGUGUCCUUGAUGCACUCUCUCAUACACGAGACUGUCGUCUGUUGUGUCCGCUUCUCAGCGGAUGGCAAAUUCCUUGCGACAGGGUGCAAUCGGACAGCCCAGAUCUUCGACGUGCAAACCGGUAGGAAGACAUGUGUCCUCGUCGACGAAAGCUCUGGACGGGCUGGCGACCUCUACAUCCGCAGCGUCUGCUUUAGCCCCGAUGGCAAAUAUCUGGCAACCGGUGCUGAGGAUAGGCAAAUAAGGAUCUGGGACAUUGCGAAGAAGUCUAUCAAGCACAUAUUCGACGGUCAUCAGCAGGAGAUAUACUCCCUUGAAUUUUCAUACGACGGCCGUCUAAUCGUGUCCGGAUCCGGGGACAAGACCGCGCGCAUCUGGGACAUGCAGGACGGCUCGAAUAAGGUGCUCGCCAUCAACGACCAGGACUCGCUGAACGCGGACGCCGGCGUGACCUCCGUUGCCAUUUCGCCCGAUGGCCGCCUCGUCGCGGCGGGGUCGCUCGACACGGCCGUGCGCAUCUGGGACGUCGAGAGCGGGGUGCUGCUCGAGCGGCUGCGCGGGCACCGCGACAGCGUGUACUCGGUCGCGUUCACGCCCGACGGCAAGGGCCUCAUCAGCGGCUCGCUGGACAAGACGCUGAAGUACUGGGACGUGAGCGGGCUGGCGCGCGGCGCGGCGCGGAGGGCGCCGGGGCGGGGCGGGGACGAGAAGAACAGCCUGUGCACGAUGAACUUCACGGGGCAUAAGGAUUACGUGCUGAGCGUGGCGGUGUCGCCGGAUGGGCAGUGGGUGGUGUCGGGGUCGAAGGAUCGGGGAGUGCAGUUUUGGGAUUCAAGGACGGCGGUGGUGCAGUGUAUGCUGCAGGGGCAUAAGAAUUCGGUUAUAUCGAUCGACUUGAGUCCCGCGGGAGGCAUGCUGGCGACGGGGAGUGGGGAUUGGCAUGCGAGGAUAUGUGAGUGA